GCCUUCAAUGGCAGCGGGCACGUCUUUGCUGCUCUCGGCCUGUUCCUCUCCUACGCCUUCAUCGCUCUGUCGCUGGUGCUGAAGGAGCUGUCUUUCCAGCUCUUCAAGCGCUGGCGCAAAGAAAGGAGUGAGGAAAGCGAUGAGGGAGAGCUAAACCUCGAGAUGGUGAACUUUGCCACCGCCAUGUGGCAAGGGGUCACCUUGAUGCUGCUUUGGCCCGUGAACUUCGCGCUGCUGACGAAGUUGAGCGUCCCCGUCUACCUCUCAUCAGCGCUGUCGGCAUUCCGCGCGGCGGGGCCGUGGCUCCUGGCUUACCUGGUCGUAAACCUGGUGUACACGGCGGUGACGACCAGCGUGCUGAAGCAGCUCUCUGCCGUCGCCAAAGCCGCUGUGGCGCGGGAUUUCUUCGAGGAGAAAAAGAAAGAGAAGGAACAACUCAAAGCUGGGCAAAGCUGGCAGAAAGAGCAGAGCAAGCGGCGUAACUUGCGCAUGGUGGCGAUGGCCAAAAUGCCCAGGAUCCACAGUGCAGCCAGGGAGGAGGCCAUCGUCGCGGCGGACUCUGAUGUGGAGCAUGCAAAGCCGCCCUCCCUCCAAAAAAACGAAGAAGAAGCGCAAUAUUUUGAAGGCCAAGAACAAGGCAGCAAGGGCAAGUGCAGCUAA